AAUCCAUGAACUCACCCACAUAACGUCUCUUUCCCCACUUCCUCGACAAAAAAAAGAACAGCUAUAGAGACGGAAACUAGUUCAACUACACUGCCGUUCUCGCCGGGAACCAACCAACUAAUCAAGAAAACUCCAUAUGUUUCCUUUCCACUUCUUAUCCAAUUCGUUCCCUUUUUUCAAUCUUUACCUUUGGGGACUUUUGUAGUAUUUUUGUUUUUGUUUGUGUCAUCUGGAGAAGGAAAAUAAAUGAGAGCGGGAAAGGGUAGUCAAGAGGAGGAAGAGUACGAGGAAGAAGAGCUUGGUUCCAAAGAACAAGGGCCUUCUUCUAAUCAAACUAUGUCUUUCAACGCCAAUAACAACACCAACAAAGAUGGGAAACACAGUGAUAAGGCUAACGCUAUGCGAUCAAAACACUCUGUCACGGAGCAGAGGAGGAGGAGUAAGAUUAAUGAAAGAUUUCAAAUACUGAGAGAGCUAAUACCAAACAUUGAUCAAAAGAGAGAUACAGCUUCAUUCCUGCUAGAGGUGAUAGAGUAUGUCCAAUAUUUACAGGAGAAGGUUAAAAAAUAUGAGGGUUCAUACCAGGGAUGGAGUUCUGAGCCCAUAAAAUUAACGCCAUGGAGAAAUAGUCACUGGCGUGUUCAGAGUUUUGUUGGUCACCAACAAGACAUUCAAAAUGGUUCUGGCCCAGGGUCAACAUUUGCCUUGAAGUUUGAUGAGAAUAACAUCAAUAUCAACCCCACAAUGAUCACAAGUGCACAGAAUCCAGUAGAAUCUGAUCCUAUCAGGGACACUACAUCCAAAGCUUUGGAUCAGCAAUCUGAGUUGUCAAAUAGGGGAAUGCCUCUGCCAAUCAGAGGUGAUAAUGUGCUAGCACAUCCCGUUACGACACCAAUCUCUGAGGCUCAAUCAACUGAGUGCCUUGUCAGCAAUGAUACAUUGAACCAACAGGAAGAUCUGACUAUUGAAGGCGGAACAAUUAGCAUCUCUAGUGUCUACUCGCAAGGGUUAUUGGACUCUCUGACACAAGCUCUGCAGAGCGCGGGCUUGGACCUGUCACAAGCCAACAUCUCGGUUCAGAUUGAUCUUGGAAAGCAUGCUAACAGAGGGCUAACAUCAGGAACAUCUGCUAAGGAGCCACAGAAUUCCCCCAAUCAGGCAAUGACCCAUCUUAGAGAUGUGAGUAAUGUAGAGGAUUUUGAUCAUGCUCGAAAGCGGCUAAAGAAAUAAGAUUGGCAAUGGUGUUUCUUGAAAUUUCAUUUUUACUCAGUAUUCCUUUUUUCUUUCUGUUUCGUUUCAGUUUCAUUUGGUUAUUGUAUAUGCUAUGGUGUUGGUUGCCUUUUUUGUCCUAGCAUCAAUUGUAUUUGUGGUAAGAGCAGUUCCCCAGAUUUCUGUCCAGGGGAUGUCAAUGCUUACCUGUAUCAUCGCGGAUGUAUCAUACAUAUCGGUUUAUACAUAUAUAUAUAUAUAUA